AUGACGACCCAUGAGGGAGCGGAGAGGUGGCAGGUAAAGAGAGGUACGGUAGCAGAAAGGAACAAGUACAUGUUCAACAAUCCUCUUUUGAGUGACAUCAAGUUUUCCUUUCCUGACGACACGAUCAUUCCAGCGCAUAAAUACGUUCUCGCUGUCAGCAGCUCUGUCUUCUUUGCUAUGUUUUACGGUGAUUUGGCUGAGACCAAGGAUACUAUUGACAUCAUUGACUGUGAUCCAGACACCUUUCUCAGCUUUUUGUGCUUCAUUUAUUGCGAUGAAGCGAUUUUUAAAGACACACACAGUGCUGUUAAAGUGAUGCUUCUUGCUGACAAGUAUGACGUGCCUUCUCUAACAAGCGAAAUCGUCAAGUAUAUAGACGGAGAAAUGAAUCCUUCGAGCGCUUUUGAGCUCUUAGCGUUUGCUCGCCAACUUAACGAAAAAGGUUUGGAAGGGCUUGCUGGGAGGUGA